AUGAAGCAGACUUUGAUUCUGUCCACCUUGGCGUUUCUUGCGUCUUUCGUCACAGCCUCGCCUACUCCCACUGUCCAAGAUGACGCCGUCGUAGACCCGCGCAGCAUCGAAAAGCGAGCCGCAAUCACUGACGCCGCUGAUGUCGGCUACGCCACUCAGAAUGGAGGAACCACUGGAGGUCGCGGAGGAACUACCACUACUGUGACUAGUUUGGCACAGCUCACGGCCGCCGCCGGAUCCAGCAGCGCGGCCGUCAUCGUCGUCAGCGGAGCCAUUUCGGGAUCCGCCAAGGUGAAAGUUACCUCGAACAAGUCUAUCAUCGGAAAAUCCGGCAGCUCACUUACUGGCAUUGGUCUGACCAUCAACGGGCAAUCGAACGUUAUCGUGCGAAACUUGAAGAUCAGCAAGGUUCUCGCUGACAACGGCGAUGCUAUCACUAUCCAAGCAUCCAACAAUGUCUGGGUCGAUCAUGUUGACUUGUCCAGCGACCUGGACCAUGACAAGGACUACUACGACGGCUUGGUCGAUGUGACUCACGCCAGCGAGUGGGUGACCAUCUCAAACAGCUACAUUCAUGACCACCUUGGGGGACAAUACAAAAUACUCACCAAGACUCUAUCUGUACAGUACAAGGCUUCCCUAGUCGGGCACUCCGACUCCAACGGCGACGAAGACACCGGUCACCUGCACGUCACCUACGCGAACAACUACUGGAACAACAUUAACUCGCGUGCCCCAUCUUUCCGAUUUGGCACAGGUCACAUUUUCAACAGCUACUUUUACGCCGUCAACACCGGCAUCAACACUCGCGAGAACGCCCAGCUCCUCAUCGAGUCGUCCGUCUUCGAGAGCAGCGGCACCAAGGCCAUCUACUCGGCCGACAGCGACGUGGUCGGCUACGCCGUCGUCAGCGACGUCGCCCUCGGCGGGUCCGCGAACACGGCUGCGACCGGCACCCUCAAGAGCGUCCCGUACUCGUACUCCAAGCUCGGCUCGGGCAGUGUCAAGAGCAGCGUCACCGCCAACGCUGGUCAGAAGCUGAGCUUCUAA